CAUGGGACCACGCUACAGCUACAGUUGCUUAACAUCUGAUAGGCCAACUGUUAUGUUAAUCACUCUGUGAAUGAUGUCAUUUGUGCGUGUUGACAAAGGGUGCUCCUAAAGCAUCAUACCUGUAAUUAAUGGCAACAUAAAAACAAAACCAGAUAGAGCAGUGAUCACUCUAAGAAGUGAGACAUUCUGAGACAGCUAUGCUGCUGCUACCUGACCUCCUGGUGCUCACUCUGCUGACAGUCACAGUCCAAGCUGGGGGGAUGGCAUGCAGAGCUUACGGGACAGAAGAACUGUCACAGUUCUCAAAGGAGGGUGACAUCAGCAUAGGGGGGAUUUUCUCUUUUCACCAAAAGCCCAUCAGUGUGAAUCCAACUCUGCUGGUCAAUCCAGGAAGAAUCCAGUGUGAGGGGCUGGACCCAGGCGAGCUCCAGUAUGCUCAGACCAUGAUCUUUGCCAUAGAAGAGAUCAACAACAGUUCUGAGUUGCUGCCGGAGCUUUCUCUGGGCUACAGGAUUUUCGAGUCGUGUCCCAGCAUCCCUUUGUCUGUGCGGGCGUCGCUGGCUCUGAUGAACGGAUAUGAGGAGGGGUCGCAGAGAUGCUCCAAGACAUCCGCAGUGCACGCUGUCAUAGGGGACACCACUUCCACUUCUACCAUAGGCAUCGCACGUACCAUGGGGCCCUUUCACAUACCUGUGAUUAGUCAUUCAGCCACCUGUGCUUGUCUCAGCAACCGAAGGGAAUACCCAUCAUUCUUCAGAACCAUUCCUAGUGACCUUUACCAGAACAGAGCUCUGGCAAAGCUGGUAAAAUAUUUUGGCUGGACCUGGGUGGGAGCCAUCCGAAGCAACAGUGACUAUGGCAACAGUGGAAUGGCCACUUUCCUGGAGGCGGCAGUCAGUGAAGGAGUGUGCGUUGAAUACUCAGUGGCCAUCUACAGGACGAACCCCAGAGAUUGGUUUCUACAGGUGGUGGACAUCAUCAAGCGGUCCACCUCUAAAGUAAUCGUUGCGUUUGCAGACGGCAAUGACCUGGAAAUCCUCCUCAAAGAGCUGUACAGUCAGAACGUGACAGGAAUGCAGUGGGUGGGCAGCGAGGGCUGGGUAACUUACCGCCAUAUUGCCUCUCACCUCAACUACGCUGUGGUCCAGGGGGCGGUGGGAUUCGCUGUGCCCAACGCCGCCAUCCCAGGCCUGGGGAAGUUUGUGGCCAACACACGGCCCUCCACCCGGCCUGGGGACAGGGGACUGGUGGAGCUGUGGGAGACAAUGUUUUGCUGCAGCAUGACUCCCCACUCACACGGCUUGUCAAACCAAGCCUGCACAGGCAGGGAGUCCCUGAGGGAAACCGACUCCCGUUACACAGAUGUGUCAGACGCCAGUCUGCUCAACAACAUCUACAAGGCUGUGUAUGCUGUGGGCCACGCUCUACACCUGCUCACCACCUGCCAGAGUGGGCAGGGACCAUUUGAGAAUAACACAUGUGCAGAUGAGAAUCAGAUAGAGCCAUGGCAGGUAUUGCAUUACCUGACAAAGGUGAAUUUCACCACUAAGAACGGUGAGAGGGUGUUCUUUGAUGAGCAGGGAGACCCACCGGCACGGUACGCACUGGUGAACUGGCAGAUGGAUAAAACGGGGUCCAUUGUGUUUCAGACCAUCGGCCACUACGAUGCGUCCUGGCCAGAGGGCCGGGAAUUUCAAAUGAAUGAGGACGUGAGUGCUGUCUGGGCCGGUUAUCAGACUGAGGUACCCAGGUCUAUCUGCAGUGAGAGCUGUAUGCCAGGAACCCGAAAGGCCUCGGUAAACGGAAAGCCUGUCUGCUGCUUUGACUGCAUCAUCUGUGCAGACGGGGAGUUCAGCAAUGCCACAAAUGCAGUUGCAUGUAGCCCAUGCCCGCGCGAAUACAAGUCAAAUGAAGAGAGGAAUGGCUGUGAUUUGAAAGACAUUGAAUACCUCACUUUCAGGGAUCUCAUGGGUAUCUUAUUGGUAAUAUUCUCUGUGUUUGGUGGGUUCCUGACAAUGACAAUAGCGCUGGUAUUUUUUCAUUACAGACAGACUCCUAUCAUCAGGGCAAACAACUCUGAGUUAAGCUUCCUGCUCCUCUUCUCCUUGACUCUGUGUUUUCUAUGUUCUCUUACUUUCAUUGGUCGGCCCUCUGAGUGGUCCUGUAUGCUGCGUCACACGGCGUUUGGGAUCACAUUUGUCCUCUGUAUUUCUUGUGUUCUGGGGAAAACACUAGUGGUGUUGAUGGCCUUCAGGGCUACACUUCCAGGCAGUAACGUCAUGAAAUGGUUCGGUCCUCCACAACAGAGACUCAGUGUUCUAACUUUCACUCUCAUACAGGUCCUGAUCUGUGUUAUUUGGUUAACAAUCUCUCCUCCAUUCCCCUACAAGAAUAUGUUACACUAUAAGGAAAAGGUCAUCCUGGAGUGUAAUGUGGGAUCAGCGAUUUGUUUCUGGGCUGUGUUGGGAUAUAUAGGACUCCUGGCUGUAUUGUGCUUUGUGCUGGCUUUUCUGGCUCGGAAGCUGCCUGAUAACUUCAAUGAGGCCAAAUUCAUCACUUUCAGCAUGCUGAUCUUCUGUGCAGUCUGGAUUUCCUUCAUCCCAGCUUAUGUCAGCUCUCCUGGGAAGUUAGCAGUAGCUGUGGAGAUCUUUGCUAUUCUGGCUUCUAGCUAUGGUCUGCUUUUCUGUAUCUUUCUCCCGAAAUGCUACAUUAUUUUAUGCAAACCUGAGAAAAAUUCCAAAAAACAAUUAAUGCGUAAAACGAUUGCAAAAUCACUUUGA